GAAAGCGAAAUCACUAACGAAUUUACGUUAACAAAUGAAAUACGUAUAUGUGAACGAACAAAUUCCACGUGUUUACAAUAACGUUGCCACAACGAAAUGGUCAAGGAAUGCCUUUACAUAGAUGCAUGAUGGGACAGAUGCUGACCAAUAGGAGAGCAGGAUCUUACGGCAGUGACUAGCAUCAGGAACUAAUGGGAGAGCGGGAGGAUGGUGGCGAGUCUACUGAGUUGGCGGCGCGCGAGUUUUAAAAUUGUUCUCGGCGGCCCAGGCGAAUCUCGGACUUUACAUUACAUACACCCUUUCGCAACCUGAAUUAUUUUCGUACACAGCAGCAAAAAAAUCUUCGUCUUUGCUUUUGUAACCUGGAUUUUUCGUACGUAGGGACUUGUAUGUAGGGGUAUGACUGUAUAUUAUUUGUUAAUCUGAUAUUCUCUCUCCAUAGCACAGCUUGGCUUGUGAAUAGCUCGGACAUGUCCUUUACACAAACUCUAAGGAGAAUUGUAAGUGUUAGUGUCAGGUGGGUUCUUAUGGGCACCAAAAGAGUGGGAAGACCAAGACCUAUUUGGAUGAAAAUUAAGAGAAGUGAGGCUGGAGGUUUUUGAAGAUACAGUACAGAAAAGACAUGUGUGGCAGAAUUUCUUGAGGCAAUGAUGUUGAUGGUGAAAAUUGAUAUUCCUGUCUCACAAGUUACUAAAACACUAUUGUUUGCAGUUUUCCCUGAAUUAUUAGUAUUUGGCUUUUUCCAGGAGGAGGAGACAAAGUUGAAGGUUUCUAGGACUCGAUCUGGUAGGAUAUCUAGACCUCCUCAGCACAAAUUGACAGAUUUUAGACAUCUUCUUCAUGCUGGUGCUAAGGAUACAUAUUUGGAAUACAAAAUUCAAGAGGAUGAUCUAAAACAACCAGAGCAAGUAUUUUACAGCCUAGAAUUGACUAGGAAGAAGAGGAAAGUGGUGAACGAGACACUAAGAUUGCGCUAUUCUUGCUACACUUGUAAGAAGGUAUUUGUGGGUCGGAUAGAGAGGCAUUAUGAAAAGUUCCCUAAUCACCGAAGAGAUCCUUCUUUACCAGAGGAGAACCCAAAUCAGUCUUAUUCAGCUAUCAAAGCCUUAUCAGAUCCUCAAAAGCCAGAUUCCAAAGAUGAAGGAGUUGGGAAGCCAGUGCUUAGUCCAACUCCUGGCACUCAAGCAUCAGAAAUGAAUGGUGAGCCAAGUUUACCCAUAGAGACAUCAGCAACAGUACUGGAAGGUCAUGAAAAUGGAAUGUUGCUUGACAAAUCAUGUGGCAAACCAUUAUCUGAGUCUUCUCAGCAAAAUAAUGAUAAAGUUGGCUCUCUGGAGACUCAGGAAUUUAAAUCUGUUCAAAAUGAAGCCUUUGGUCCUGGUGAUGCCCUUCCAAACUUUGAACCUGCUGUGCAAACUGCACCACCAAAUUCUAGAAAUAGAAGAACAAGGGGGAAAGGGCGUCGGCGUGGUAGAGGAAGUUGGGCAAGGUCAAGUAGUUCUGUUCCCACUCAGCAAGUUGUAACUGAAUCUCUCGAAGCAGAAUCGAAGGCAGCAGCUGUGCCACCUCUUCCCUCUCCUCCCCCUCCUCCAGCACCUUCCAGCACAUUGGAACAGAUCUUGUGCAGCUACAGCACCAGAGAUAUUGUUAAUGCUGUCAGCAAACAUCUCUGUGAAAGCCUUGAUCCCUGGAAGUUUUUAUGUGCUUUUGCUGAUCAAAGAUCACCAGACUCCAGUAUACUCCAAUGGCAAGAAAGGUUAGAUACUUUCCAUACUUUGCUAAGGCACUGCAGAGAAGAGUGUAAGACAAUACUAGAUCCAACAUCUGAUGUCAAGGCAAAUGAUAGUAGUUGUUGCGUGGAUUGUUUCAAGAAGAAAAAGAAGAACGAUCAUCAAACUAAAAAAUCUAAAGAAAAAAUGGAAUCCCAUGAUGUGAAUAUCCUGUCCUUUGAAGAUCUCAUAAAGGAUGCUGUCAGUCCAGUGAAACCAGAAGUUCUAGAUCAUAUUCAGGUGCAUGAUGAUGUUGCCAGUGCUAUAGGAAUAUCAGGUGGUUGUUAUACAUUGAGACCACAAGUAAACAGACUUCCGACAUCUGUUACUAGCCUGCUAGACUCCUGCACAAGACCCUCAGAUAUCACAGAGUCUUUACACUUAACAGAUCCCCAUCCAACAGCAUCUGGUCCUUGCCUAAUAGGCCCUAGUUUGAAUUCACCCAAACCAGAAACUACCAUGUGCCUGUCAGAUCCUAGUUCCAAACAAUCUGUAGUUGUUAAGCAGGAGGUUGGGAAUGUGGAGCAAAUGGUUACCAGUAAUGCUAAUACUGAGAAAUCAUUACUUGGUAAAACCAAUUAUGCAGCAUUAACAAAAGCAGAGGAGUGUUGUGAUGUCCCAAGCUUUAAUACAGGUGAAUUUUCUGGGAAAUCAAGUGAGCAAAUGGAUGUUUCUAGUAAUGACCUCAUCACAAGUAGUGCUCCAAACUUACAUUUGCCAUCAUUUUCUGUAUCAUCAGAAUCAAACAUAGUUCCACACAACCACUUACAGACCUCCAGUUUAUCAUCCUCUUCUGUGCUUACAACAUGUGAUGUAUCCACUUUAACAACCUCACUGUCUUCUUCCAGUAUUAAUAUGAUUUUGAAUAAUGAAGCUUUGAUGAAUAGUACCACAUCAACAAUGAGCAUUUCAGCACCGUGUGUCACACCCGCACCAGCAGUAUCAAGUACUUCUUCAAAUUUAUCCUUAGAGGUUUCACAUUUUUCUUCUGGUACUAGUGUUUCUGAAAAUCCCAUGUCUGGGUGUAUGACAAUGUCGAAUGUUGAUAAUUCACUUAUGAAUAUGUCUUCUAUCCCUCAAGUAAAUCCUAUGCAACAAAUCCCUAUUGGAGAAAUAGAUAUUACUGCUGAGGAUCUCCCACGUCUGCUUAGUGAAGGAAUGGGUAUGGUAGUUGGAAGUGGAGGAGACAAUACAGGAGAUGGGUGUGAUGCUCCUAAGCUACUGGAUACCUCAGGUGACACAACAGAUCUCAGUGAAAUGUUAUUUAAACUUCAAGAAGCAACUGUAGGCAUUAGCCAAAGCCAGGAUCCAUCAGUUUACACUGGUCAGAUGAUGCCAUCAUCAUCAGUGCAACAGAUGAAUGUGCAUUCAGGACAGCUUAUAACCUCUCAGAGUCUCAGUACUCCACCUGGUUCAGGCUUGACAUCUCAGGGAUAUAAUGAAAUGGGACAAGCAAUAAACCCUCAUCUUCCUGCAAAUAUGGGUGGGAAGUCAAUGCCCAUGCAGAACAGCUCUGGGUCAUCUACCCCUCUCCUUACAUUUACAGGAGCUCUUAGCACAAACUCUGAUUAUUGUAGUGUAUCUCAGAGUAUCAACCAGCAACCCAUCAAUAGCAUUGGUGAUAUCAAAGGUCAUCAGGACCUUAUUGGUCCAGCUUCUAAUGAUCCAUGUGAUCCUUUAGGAAAGAAUGACACUGGUUUAGUUGACAGGGACUCCAUAAACUUGAAUUUCCCAGUAAAUAGUCUUAGUAAUAGUGAACUUGAGGAUAUAUUAAAGAGAUAGAGCAUUAGAAUCUGUGAUAGAAUUUAUAUUAUCACUUUAUUUAUUUAUUUAUUUUUUUAAAUGUCAGCUACCACUUUGUUUCCUAAAGGUGUUUGAUAUAGUAUUCCAUAUUCUACCCAAAUUCAAAUGGUUACCAAAAGGCAAAAAAAAUGUUAGUCAUCCAGUUAAUAGUUAGGAAAAUUGCUUGGCAGCCUGUUGUGCCCCAAAUAUUUUUCAUUGAAUUUAUCAUAUGAAGGUCACCAGGCAAAUACUUAUACAUGUUAUAUAGUUAUGGUAAAAGUAAAUAGUUUCAAAAGCUUGUAAACAUUCAUGAAUGUUAAGCCUUGAUACUAAUGGUCUGUAUUAUAAACUUUAAUUCACAUUUUGGUUUUCCAUUUUAUUAUUUUUAGGCUUUUCAUGUCUCACUUAGCUAGAUGGUCUUAAAAUCACAAAAUUCUUAUGCACAUUCGAUUCUUCAUCAUUGUAUAUCUAGCCACAGGAACAUAGUUUUCAUUUUCGUUUAAGAUUAUUAUAGUGCAUAUAUAGUAAUCACUGAGUACACUUUAAAAUGAUUUUUGUUGUUUGUAUAUUUUUACUUCAUUCUACAGAAAUCAAGCAUUCAGAGAUUUCCAUAAGAGGGAGUAAAGCUUGAGGAUGUUUUUCAGAUAUAAUAUCUCGGAUUCUAUCAGUUGAUGUAAUUUAACUCUCUCAGGGAAAGGUGUUGUACAUAGAAUAUUUGUAAUAAUAAUUGUUAUAUUCUUUUGAGAAAUAUAUUAAAUGUUAUUUAUUUGUAAAAUUCUGACCUAUACUUUUUCUUUCAUGAUACUGUUGUAAUCUUUAUUGAAUGUUGAGUGUUGUACAAAUUUGUACUUAAGUAGUGUAAUAAUUAUAGUUAAUUAAUUUAUAGGUGUAUACAGUUACUUUUCUUUGAAGGCAGUCAUAGUAGGUAGGAGAUAGUGUAAUGCAGUAGUUAUGAACAAAAAUUACAUAGGUUUCAUAUUUGAAGACCAACUUGUUGGAAAGUCAUUUUUAACAAUUUUAAGUUUUAAUUAUGUCUGUAUCUUACUUUUACUUCUUGUUUGAUCAUUUAUUCAUGCUUUGAAUAAUUAAAAAGUGGAAAAUUUAGUGGCUGUUGAGUGUUCCUCAUUGUCUGAUGAUAUUGUAUCCAAGUUGCAAUGACACAUUAAAGUAAAAUGGAAAAUUCUUCCCAAGUAGUUGAAAAUAAGUUAGUUGCCUGUGUUAUAACCUUGAAAUUAUCAGUCACAAGAUUAAAAAGUUAUUUAGUAAAUGUAUUUCUAUGUUUGUAUGAUAUGAUUCUGAUAUGUAUGUGUUCCAGAUAUAUCUUUUAUCUACUUUGUAAAUCAUAUUUGCAAUUGAAAACUAUAGUACAAGCAUACCUUAAUUUUAGCAAAUCAUAGCAUAAAGAUUUAGUUUUUGUCACAAUUUUAUUAUGUACUGUACUUUAUGAGAAGUUUUGUUAGUUUUUCAUUCAGUGAAGAAUAUACUUACAUAUUUUACAGUACUAUUUGAAAAUACAAGAGAAAAUUUAUUUUGAAUGCCUUGACAUGAGUCAUUAUUUCCCCCUUUAAAAUUUUAGUUAUGUAUACUUUAUUUUACAGUUUCUGGAAAAAUAGGGUAAGACAAUAUGUAUAUGUAGUUUACACUGUUAUCAUUACUCCGGAACACAUGAUGUUCCUGUUAUUUCAUGUAGAUAGUGAGAUUCUAUUUCUUAUGUAGUACUAUUGAUUGUUCGGUGGUUGUGCAAACGUAGUUAUGGUUUAUCUUACAUUUUUACCUAAAGACCAUUUUUUACUUUAUUCUGAGAUUUGAUAAUGUUUAGGUGUGAUAUUAUGUACAUUGCCAAAAAUAUAAUAAAUUGUAUACCAUAGUCUUAAUAUUGAUAUUAAAUUUUGAGGAGAUACACUUAUGUUGUGGUGUUCAUUUCCCUUUACAGUGCUGAAGAAAUUUAUGUGAAAAUAGUAGUAGUUAUUAGAAAUCUCUGGGGAGAGCACAAAUGCAUCUUCAUCAGCAUGUGAAUGAGAUGAAGCUAACCACUGUAUCACAUUUAAGGACUUGUGGCCAUCCAACAGAAAAAGUUUGCAGAAUUGUAGAUGUAGUCAAAUUCACCGGCAAUAUUCAGUGUUUUGCACACAAAUUGCAAUUAUGUCUUUUUGUAAGAGAGUUCAUUUCUCACUUAUUGUUAUGAAGCUGUUUGUCAGAGAUUACCCCUGAAAAAUUUAUAGGAUCGAAAACCCCAGAAGACACCAAAAACCCAGCAUCGUAUCGUUUUGGCCUCUUGUUAAUAAAUUCACUCGUACCAACCUGAUUCUAAUGCAGAACAGAAGACAGUUGCAAGAACAUGGGCUUUCUUCCUUAAUAGGUAAUAUUUAUGAUAACUGCCAGAUGUGCUUGAGUUAGAUAAGUUAAGAGUUUGGAGAAAUAUAUAUAUUUGUGUAAUUUUGGUUUGUCUGGUGUGAUGAUGUGUAUAAGUGAUAAUAUGCAAGCGAACUUUGGGUUUUACAUGCAAUAUUCAACCUUUCUUACCUGUGCUUUGGGAUGAUUUCUCUGCCCAAGAAGAUCAACAUUUCACUCUUUUUGACAGUAUAUUUUUUUUUCUACCUACUAUAUAUCACAAAUUUAUUAUUUUAGAUGUAGGCAAUAUUAAUGAAGUACAAGUAACUCAGAAAUGUUAAAUGAAAUAAACUCUUCCAAAAUUGA